AUGGAAGGAACUUGUUUUCUCCGAGGACAACCUCUUACAACAGUACCCUCUCUUACUAGACAAGGGUUCCUUCUCCAAAGAUUGAAGAACAAUCGGAUUGUUAGACUUUCAGGUUUGAAGAAUCACUCGUAUUAUGAUGGAAAGUCCAGGUCUUUCGAUCUUAGCCUCAGAGCUUCAGGUCCCAUAAAAGCAAGCUCGGCGGUAACGGAAGCAAGCACUACGAACAUAGAAUCCAAGGAAGAAGACCUUGUCUUUGUAGCUGGUGCUACGGGUAAAGUUGGUUCUAGAACUGUGAGAGAGCUGCUGAAACUCGGAUUUCGAGUUAGAGCUGGAGUUCGAAGCGCUCAGAGAGCAGGAAGUCUUGUGCAAAGUGUUAAGGAAAUGAAGCUCCAGAACACAGAUGGAGGAGCUCAACCUGUAGAAAAGCUAGAAAUUGUGGAAUGUGACUUGGAGAAGAGAGAUUCAAUACAGCCCGCGCUGGGAAAUGCAUCGGUGAUCAUUUGCUGUAUUGGUGCUAGUGAGAAGGAAAUCUCCGAUAUUACCGGCCCUUAUAGAAUCGAUUACCUAGCCACCAAAAACCUUGUUGAUGCUGCAACCUCUGCAAAAGUUAAUAACUUCAUUUUGGUGACAUCCUUGGGGACAAAUAAAUUUGGAUUUCCUGCCGCGAUUCUCAACCUAUUUUGGGGUGUUCUUUGCUGGAAGAGAAAAGCUGAAGAAGCGUUGAUUGCAAGCGGUCUCAAUUACGCAAUAGUUAGACCUGGAGGAAUGGAGAGACCUACUGAUGCGUACAAGGAAACUCAUAAUCUCACUCUUGCUCUAGACGAUACAUUGUUUGGUGGUCAGGUCUCAAAUCUCCAGGUUGCAGAAUUGCUCGCUUGUAUGGCAAAGAAUCCUCAACUUUCUUUCUCUAAGAUUGUGGAAGUAGUUGCUGAAACAACUGCACCAUUAACUCCAUAUGAAAAGCUUCUUGAAAAGAUUCCUUCGAAACGUCCUUAUGUGCCUCCACCAAAGGAAUCAGUUGCAGCCAAAGAGGUGAAACCAGUUCCUACUAAGCCUGUCACUGAAGAACCAAAAGCUCCCAAGGAGGAGGAAGCACCUGCCAAAGUUAAAGAUGUUAAACCUAGGCCGCUCUCUCCUUAUGCCGCUUAUGAAGACUUGAAACCUCCAACAUCUCCUAUUCCAAGUUCAACCACAUCACUUGGUGCCACCAAACCUAAGGAGGUAGAUGCCACUCAGGUUCCUGUUGAGACCAAUGUAGUUCCACCACCAGAUAAUAUCUCAAAUGUCUCAGUAGAAGAAGAAGAAGUGAAGCAAACCGAGGAAAAGAAAGAUUGGCCUCUUUCCCCUUAUGCCAGCUAUGACAAUCUAAAACCACCUUCAUCGCCCUCCCCUGAAGCUUCAGGUACCCAAAAGAGUGAUUCUUUAUCGCCUGGUCCAACGGAUUCUGAUACUGGUAAAAGCUCAACAGUUGCAACAAGUAUCACUGAGACAGAAGCACCAGCCACACCAAAAAUGAGACCUCUUUCUCCUUAUGCAGCUUAUGCAGAUCUGAAACCUCCAACCUCACCAACUCCUGCAUCAACCGGUCCCAAGGAACCAACAUCUGAUAAAACAGCAACUGCAGAAGACAACUCAGAGUUGCCUGGAAGCAAUAAUGAUGUGCUGAAAUCAGUUGAUGGUAGUGUGAACACAACUCCUUCUGUAACAGAAGCAGCAACUGUUAACAAUGUGACAGACACUUCACUUACUUCAGAAGACAAUACAGCUGAUCAGCCAAAGCCAAGACCUUUGUCACCUUACACAAUGUAUGAGGACAUGAAGCCUCCAACAUCGCCGCUUCCAUCUCCAGUCAUCAAUCAUUAG